UAGUCAAUGUUUGGCAUGAAUUUGCUAAUUGGACUUAAUUGAAAAAAAAUUCUCAUUCCAAAGAUCUGAGCCAAUGACAGGCCGUAAAUACAAACACUUGGGUUUCGUGUUCAUUAACUUCUUGUUAACUUCUGAGAUGUCACAUCUGAGAUACCAAACAGGUACCAGCGAUGAUGCAUCACUCCAGAACUUCAGAAGUCUUCCCUACUGCUGCUGGUCCUGACUUGCAGUCUCUUCAUUUCAGAACAUGUUUGAUGGAAAGAAGCCCUGGAAUGCAUUCUUCUUGAGAUAAGCGUGGCAUCUUUUUAGAGAUAUUUUCAUAAGAUUGAAAUAAUUAAUCAGGAUAUCCCCGAGCCUAAUGUUGGUUAAGGGCAGAAGGAGGAACUGGAUUUUAUUUGGAAUAAUUCCUCAUUUAAGUACUUACUGAAGUGAGUAAGCAGAGGCAAUUCCAUUUAAAAUUUGGAGAAAAAUCAGGAGAAAGAACAAGUCAGAGAAGCAGGAAGGAGAUAGUGUGCCUUUUCAGUGGUCAGUUUUAAAUUCUGCGCUGGUGCAUAUGCAUUUCAGACACGAUACAAGGGAAAGCUGCAGGGCCAGAGCAUCGCUCUUCUGGAGUCAGUUUAUUACUCACUCCUGCAUCAUAGCAUCUAGGACAGAGCCCCAGAAACACUGUUGUGUUGAAAAAUUAUUCCUAUGUGACUCGGUGACUCUUUUCUUCAGGGAUACUUCAUUGAUCAAGGUAAAUAAAAUAGGGCCAAGUUAAAAUUCGAAGACUCAGUGAGAAAUAUUGGUGCAGAUAGUGUGGUUCUAAGAAAUGAUGAUUGGGUUACAAAGGGCAUCCCUGGGCUCAGGCUCCCACCCCACCGUCACCCAGCUAUUGGUGUGGAACACUUCUCAACCUCUGUUACCCUUAGCAUCCUCUUCGUAAAUGAGGAUGUUAAGCCUCUAGGCCUUUUUCCUAAUUAAAAAAAAAAAGUUGAUUCUCUUAGAUUAAAAAUUUUUUUCCUCAAAAUACUUUCAUUUUAUCCCCUUUUAUUUAAAUGAACUUCAGCUGAAUUAUACCUCAUGGUAAAUAUUUUUAAAUAAUUUUUCUUUUCUAGGAUUUCAUAAUUCAGUCUUCACAACAUCUCUAAGGAGGGUAGAGAAGAGAGAAACGCUUACGGAACACUUCUUACAAGCCAAGUCUUUCACAUUUAUUUCAUUCUCAAAAAAAUCUUAAGAAGUGGACAUUUCCUCCAUUUUACAACUAAGGAAACAGAGAAGUCAAGUAACCAGACCGCGGAGCAGAUGAGGGCUGUGCAGCACAAGGCCUCCCUCUCAGUUCUGUCUGAUUUAAAAGUCCAUGUUCCUUCUAACAAACACAUGAUCAAAAAAAAAAAAGAGAAGGCUUUCCAUUUAACAGAUGGAAAGACUGAGGUACAGAGAACCGGAGAUUUCCUCAAUUUUGUAGGAAAUCAGCAUUUUUGGUGCCAGGAAGAAAACUCAUGUUUUUUGGAAUAGAGUGUGAGCUCAGACCAGAGGACAGGGUGCAAGAAAAUAUCCUUUUGUCUGUUAACUUUAUUUCUACUUGACGCCCAGCACUGAGUUUUCUGAAUUUAAAAAUGGUGAGAUAAGAGAGAAUUGAGCUUCUUGUAUUGACGUAUUUUUUAAAAUUAAAUUUUGGUAGUACACUUGGUGUUUUCUAGAGACUAUCUCAGAAUGAACCCAUCUUACAUCUUAGACAUUGAUGGAACUGUUAUUUCUAAACCAUGCAUCCCAGCCUCCCUAGCUCCCCAAAUUCCUAUCUCACACAUACAUGAUACUUGAAGUAUGACAGUCCAUCUUGAAAUUCAUUUCUCCCUACAAAAAUAAUUUUCAUUGUACCUGAUGGUACUUCAAUUUAAAAAAAAAAGUAAUUUUCUAAUCUGGAAAUAGUUUGUAAUGCUGCAUGCUCCCAUACUUCCUCUUGCUUCAGGAAAUAACUUUCUUCCCUCUCAACUUCCCUUGUGAUGUCGCUUUGUUUCUCUUGGCUUUUAGCCGUCUGUUCCUUUUGGUGCUCUCGGCCUGGUGCCAAAUGAAAGUCAGCACUUGGCCUAGUAGUAUCGUUUCCAACACACAAGAAUCAGAAGGAAAACCCCGCCUCUUACACCCACUGCUAAUUAUCAUACUACCACAAAACUGGCUAGUUGCAUCAUGUGCUCAUCACUUGCGAAUUUCUGCUUUCCACAGCUCCCAUUCCUGCAGAGAAUGAGUCUGAGCCACAUGGAGAAUAUGCCUCUAAGCCAUUCAGGUCCUCAAGGAGCACAGAGACCAUCCUGGAAGCAAUGGCUGCUCUACUCAACAACAAUCGUUUUGCUACUGCUUUGUUCCUUCAGUACGCUCAUUUAUACUUUGCUCCCACUCAAGACUGCCAACGAGCCCUGUGUAGCGAAGUUUGGACCGUUACCUUCAAAAUGGCAAAUGGCCUCUCCCGAGCCUUCUUGCGUGAAUAAGACAGCUGACUGGAGGCUGAAGAUACUUCAGAAUGGCUUGUAUUUAAUUUAUGGCCAAGUGGCUCCCAAUACGGCCUACAAGGGGCACGCUCCUUUUGAGGUGCUGCUACGGAGGAAUGGAGACACCAUACAAGCUCUCACGAACAGCACCACAGUCCAGAACGUAGGAGGGGCUUAUGAAUUCCAUGCUGGAGAUGCAAUAGACUUGAUAUUCAACGAAGAACAUCAGGUUCUAAAAAAUAAUACAUACUUGGGGAUCUUCUUGCUAGCAAAUCCCCAGUUCAUCUCCUAGAGACUCGACUUGGCCUCCUCCUCCUCUUCAGCACAAGCAGGGAUGCCAGUGGGUAGGAUGGAGGAGGCAGAUUUUCAAUGCCCGCAGUUCAUCUGGGUAUAUAAACCAACACAAAGACAACUCCACAGCAUGGGAAUUUUCAGUUCUCAUACUUACCUGAAUGAGAGUCAGAGGGAGGCCAAAGACAUCUGGUUACCCCUGGCAUUGGGUCAGCCAAGACACUC